UCGAGAAAAAUUAUGUCCUCCUACUUGUUUGGUCCGGGAGAGUCUCUUUCCAAUUUGGAACGCUUUGUUCGACACGUCACUCCAGAUGUUCCUUCACGGACUCUUCCUCAGAGCUGCUUUAUUGAUCUAAAUAGCCAAUGGCUACCUCCUAGCAUGGACACAAUUGAAUACUUCACUCUGAAAGAUCUUUGGGACUGCUAUUAUGAAUGGAGUGCUUAUGGUGCUUGUACACCUGUAAUGUUGAAAAGUAAUGAUACUAUAAAGCAAUACUAUGUUCCAUAUCUGUCUGCCAUCCAAAUCUACACCAGAAAGUCUGUUGCAGCUUCUAGAGAAGACAGUGACAGAAUUGAGUGUGAAUGUGAUUCCUCAAGUGAUGAUAGUGGAAGUGAUUACCUAUCUAGAUCAUCAAGUAACAGUUCUAGCAAAGCCUGGGAUGCCGUUUCUUUGGAUUCGAGCAGUGACCAGGUGGGUUCAUGCCCAACAAGGGAUAUGCUUGGCUACCUUUACUUAGAGUACACUGAGACAUUUGAACCUAUCCGGAGAGUUCCAUUUACUGUCAAGAUAAAUGAGUUAGCAAGAAGCCAUCCGGCAUUAAUGACAUUGAAAAGUGUGGAUCUUUCCCCAGCAAGUUGGAUGGCUGUUGCUUGGUACCCUAUUUAUUCCAUACCAUGUCCGCUACCUCAAAAGGACCAGGCAGCAUUCCUCACUUAUCAUACAUUGUCAUCUUGUUUCCAAGGUAUCCUGAUUCACAUAAGAAGUACUUUCCCCAUUAUUUAUUGGGAGAAGCUGGCCCUGAGUUCAUUCCUGCUUAGUGUUGGAGCGGAUUGUGCAAAAGAAUAUAAUGACAUCAACAUGGGAAAAAAUAUAAAUUGUUACGGGUGGGGAUUUAUUCCAGGAGACAAAUGUAAGAAAAAGAAGAGUGAUUGUAUAUCUCUCUCUCCUUUUGGGCUAGUUACUUACAAAAUGCAGAGUGAUCGUUGGUUAAACCCCUCCAAUGAUGAUGAUGAUGAAAGGGUAUAUGAUGAUGAAAGGGUAUCCAAUCUGUAUAGUGCUGCAGACUCAUGGUUGAAGCAGCUUAACGUCUACCACCAUGACUUCAACUUUUUCACAAAAAUACCUAGUAAAUUGUUUUUUGUUCACCGCUAA